AGGGGGCGGGGGCGGCGUUGCUGGGCUCUCCGGAAGGAGACGUGGCGGCUGUUGGGCCCCGGGCAACCUGGGUGCUUGGUAGUCCCGCCGCCUCCUCCUCCUCCUCCUCCUCCUCCCUCUCCUCUCCACUGUGGGCCGGAGGAGGUUGUGGCAGCGGCUGGAGAAUUCGGCGGCGGAGGAUGGAGGAAGGAGGCGGCGGCGCGCGGAGUCUGUUCCCAGGCGGGCCGCUGUUACUGGUACUCUGCGGUCUCCUAGAGGCGUCCGGCGGCGGCCGAGCGCUCCCCCAGCUCAGCGAUGACAUCCCUUUCCGAGUCAACUGGCCCGGCACCGAGUUCUCUCUGCCUACAACUGGAGUUUUGUAUAAAGAAGAUAAUUAUGUCAUCAUGACAACUACACAGAAAGAAAAAUAUAAAUGCAUUCUUCCCCUUGUGACAAGUGGGGAUGAGGAAGAAGAAAAGGAUUAUAAAGGCCCAAAUCCAAGAGAGCUAUUGGAGCCACUAUUUAAACAGAGCAGUUGUUCCUACAGAAUUGAGUCUUAUUGGACUUACGAAGUAUGUCACGGAAAACACAUUCGGCAGUACCAUGAAGAGAAAGAAAGUGGUCAGAAAGUAAAUAUUCACGAGUACUACCUUGGGAAUAUGUUGGCUAAGAACCUUCUAUCCGAAAAAGAACAAGAAGCAGAAGAAAAGGAAAAAUCAAAAGAGAUUCCCACUAAAAAUAUCGAAGGUCAGAUGACACCCUACUAUCCGGUGGGAAUGGGAAAUGGUACACCUUGUAGUUUGAAACAGAACCGGCCCAGAUCAAGUACUGUGAUGUACAUAUGUCAUCCUGAAUCUAAGCAUGAAAUUCUUUCAGUAGCUGAAGUUACAACUUGUGAAUAUGAAGUUGUCAUUUUGACACCACUCUUGUGCAGUCAUCCUAAAUAUAGAUUCAGAGCAUCUCCUGUGAAUGACAUAUUUUGCCAGUCACUACCAGGAUCACCAUUUAAACCCCUCACCCUGAGACAGUUGGAACAGCAGGAAGAAAUACUGAGGGUGCCUUUUAGGAGAAAUAAAGAGGAAGAUAUGCAAUCAACUAAGGAAGAGAGAUUUCCAGCAAUCCACAAACCCAUUGCUGUUGGUUCUCAGCCAAUGCUCACAGUUGGAACAACCCACAUAUCCAAAUUGACAGAUGACCAACUCAUAAAAGAGUUCCUUAGUGGUUCCUACUGCUUUCAUGGGGGUGUUGGUUGGUGGAAAUAUGAAUUCUGCUAUGGCAAACAUGUACAUCAAUACCACGAGGAAUAUAUGCCAGAAAUACAGAAUGAAAAUAAAAUUUUCCUCCACUGUUGUCCCAUUUUUCAAAAGUAACAGCUGGGGCUUCCCUGGUGGCGCAGUGCUUAAUAAUCUGCCUGCCAGCGCACGGGACUCUGGUACGAGCCCUGGUUUGGGAAGAUCCUACGUGCCGCAGAGCAACUAAGCCCGUGCACCACAACUAAUGAGCCUGAGCUCUAGAGCCUACGAGCCACAACUACUGAGCUGGCAUGCCACAACUACUGAAGCCCACGUGCCUAGAUCCUGUGCUCCACAACAAGAGCAGCGACCGCAGUGAAAAACCCAGGCACCACAACGAAGAGUAGCCACCACUCGCCGCAACUAGGGAAACCCCGUGUGCACCAACAAAGACACAACACAGCCAAAAAUAAAACUAGACUGGAGGAGAAAAACCAUAUGAUCAUCUCAAUAGAUGCAGAAAAAGCUUUUGACAAAAUUCAACACCCAUUUAUGAUAAAAACCCUUCAGAAAAUAGGCACAGAGGGAACUUACCUCAACUUAAUAAAGGCCGUAUAUGACAAACCCACAGCCAACAUCGUUCUCAAUGGUGAAAAAUUGAAACCAUUUCCACUAAGAUCAGGAACAAGACAAGGUUGCCCACUCUCACCACUAUUAUUCAACAUAGUUUUGGAAGUUUUAGCCACAGCAAUCAGAGACGAAAAAGAAAUAAAAGGAAUCCAAUUCGGAAAAGAAGAAGUAAAACUGUAACUGUAUGCAGAUGACAUGAUACAAUACAUAGAGAGUCCUAAAGAUGCUACCAGGAAACUACUAGAUCUCAUCAAUGAAUUUGGUAAAGUAGCAGGAUACAAAAUUAAUGUACAGAAAUCUCUUGCAUUCCUAUACACUAAUGAUGAAAAAUCUGAAAGAGAAAUUAAGGAAACACUCCCAUUUACCAUUGCAACAAAAAGAGUAAAAUACCUAGGGAUAAAUCUACCUAAGGAGACAGAAGACCUGUAUGCAGAAGAUUAUAAGACACUGAUUAAAGAAAUAAAAGAUGAUACCAACAGAUGGAGAGAUAUACCAUAUUCUUGGAUGGGAAGAUCAACAUUGUGGAAAUGACUAUACCACCCAAAGCAAUCUACAGAUUCAGUGCAAUCCCUAUCAAACUACCAACGGCAUUUUUCACAGAACUAGAACAAAAAAUUUCACAAUUUGUAUGGAAACACAAAAGAACCCAAAUAGCCAAAGUAAUCUUGAGAAAGAAAAACAUAGCUGGAGGAAUCAGGCUCCCUGACUUCAGACUAUACUACAAAGCUACAGUAAUCAAGACAAUAUGGUACUGGCACAAAAACAGAAAUGUAUCAGUGGAACAAGAAAGAAAGCCCAGAGAUAAACCCACGCACCAAUGGUCAACUAAUCUAUGACAAAGG